AACAGUUAGGUUGCUAAAGUAUGACUGACAAUUUCAAUAAUAAUUCCACAUCGUGCCUUUGUAGUGUAAGACUUUUAAGAUUAAUUUCACGAAUGAAAUUCUCCUAUAAGUAUCUUUAGGAAAUAGCUAAAGGACUGUUUGUUAAUUAGAAGUAAUAAGAAGUAUUAAGAAAAGUGUAAGUAAAAACAUUGUGAGGAUAUUGCCUUGUUUAGAAGAAUGACUCUUCAUAGAAUCAAGUGAAAGUAACGCCCACCCAAUAUGCGUCCAUCGACGUCUUGGCGUUUAUGAUCAAUUUCCAGAACAAAGUGAUGGAAAACUCCUUCGCAGGAGAUGUCAACAAGAGACAGAGGCGAAACAGAUACAGCCUGCAUCAUCUCUGACGUAAGGAAGAAAGGCACUAUACUGGAUCCACUAUUAAUACGCCGUGAUACUUUUGAAUUGGACUCAAUAAAUCUAGUUGAUGUCCAAGAAUCUGAUACUUCGGACAUUGAUUGCCUUGCAUUUCUUGAUCACGACGAAGAAGAGGAAGAAGUAGUAACAAUUGCCCAACCACGCUAUAAAAUGGGGCUCGAUUUUAUGGACAGCACUGCUGCUGACUACGAAAAUGCCCUUUUGAAUACAGGAUUUGGAAAAUUUCACUAUCUACUCUUGACAGUCUGUGGACUAAUCUACAUGAACACAGCAAUAGGCAUCACAAUCUUGUCUUUUGUGCUGCCGUCUGCCACGUGUGAUUUUCAGAUGACAUCGGAGGACAAAGGUUGGCUCACGGCGUCACCAAUGCUGGGCAUGGUGAUCGGUUCCUAUUUUUGGGGGUGUUUAGCUGAUACCAAAGGUAGGAAAAUUGUCCUUAUUGCAUCCCUUCUGCUGGAUGGAGUUUGUGGUUUGACGUCGUCUGUGGCACAAUACUUUUGGCUCUUCAUGUUUUGCCGAUUCUUCAACGGAUUCGGAAUUACAGGAGCAAUGGGAAUCUGUUUUCCGUAUUUGGGUGAAUUUCAACCAACAAAGUACCGAGAAAAGAUUCUGUGUUGGAUGGAGAUGUUCUGGACUGUUGGUAUAAUAAUUCUACCAGGAAUUGCAUGGAUGAUAAUUCCGUUGAAUAUAAAAAUCGACCGAAACGCCUUCUUAUUUAAUAGUUGGAAUUUAUUCGUGGCAAUAUGUGCACUUCCAAGUCUUCUUCUUGGUUUCUGGUUGUGCUUCUUUCCAGAAAGCCCAAAAUUUCUUAUUGAAUGUGGCGAAACGGAUUUAGCAUUGGAAGUCCUUAAAGAUAUUUAUGUGGCAAACACUGGAAAUGAUCGCAAUGAUUAUCCUGUAAAGACACUCAAGGAGAAAGAAAAGAGCAGUGGGAUAAGUCAAAAGACCAACAAAUCUAUCCGAGAAUUGAGUAUGAGAAAACCAAAAGAAUUUAAAUUACUCUGGACAGAAAUAUGGGAGCAGACAAAAGCUUUAUGUAAACCUCCUCAUCUUAAACAUACAGCUUUGACGUGUAUUAUUCAAUUUGGAAUCACAUCCAGUUACUAUACUCUUAUGAUUUGGUUUCCCGAGUUAUUCUACCGAUUUGAGGAGUAUGAACAAGCACAUCCUGAUCAAUCAGCCUCUGUUUGUGAUGUUUCGUCCAUUGUUCUAGGAAAUGUUAAUGGAACUUUUGUUGAUGACUUCUGUGGAUCUCCUAUAGAAGAUAGCGUCUAUAUUCACACAAUCGUAAUUGGUUUAGCAUGUAUUCCAACUAGUUUAUGGCUACCACUUUGCGUUCACAAACUUGGGGCUCGUUUCUUUUUAGUUUUCAGCCUCGUUGUGGCCGGAGCUGUGACUAUUGGUCUCUAUUUUGUAAUUGAUUCAACCCAGAAUCUCAUCUUAUCUUGCAUAUUUGAAGCAUUGACUUCACUCGGGAUAAGUUUGGUCUACACCGUUAUGGUAGAUUUGUUUCCUACAAAUUUGAGAGUUAUGGCUGCUGCCUUAUCGUUAACAUUUGGUCGAGGUGGUGCUUUGUUGGGAAAUCUACUUUUUGGUUUCCUGAUUGAUCUGAAUUGCGUUGUUCCAAUUGUUCUUUUUUCAUCAAUGCUUUUUGUUAGUGGUCUUCUCUGCUAUUUAUUGCCAAAUACAGGAUCUCAGGCCUUAGAAUAAAAAGCAAUAGUGAGUGUAUGUUUCAAAAAUUAAAAAAAAGAGAAAAAAUAUCAAGAACAAAAGAAUGUCUUGUAAUUGGACGUAUGACAAAAUAUAGACAUAUCUCGAGCUUUAUAUAAUUUUGUAUUAGAGUAAAAAUUAAAAUCCUUACAGUUGAAAACUUUUAUAAUCCGGUAUAGAGUAUACAUAUAUUACAAUUUUACAAUAAGUACUACUUCCUGUAUUAAAACUCCAUUUGCUAUACGACUAUAUUUAUAAAAGUGUUACUAUAUACAUAUAAGUUGUCAUUAAUAGAAACCGAAUUUAUAAUACUUUGGAGAACUAAUAAAGACUCUGGAUAUCGGUAAUUUUAAGAAAUUUUGUAGUAACAAUAGAAAUAUUCUCUUCAUUGCCUUAAUCAUUAGGUAUUACUCAUAAAUGAUUAAUCACUUACUUGUAUACUUUUGAAUGACGAGAUAUUGAUAAUAUUGCUUAUUCUAAGGUAUAAUUAAUACUUAGUAUUGCAAAAAUUAGAAUAUAUUUAAAUAUACAUAAAAA